AUGGCAUUGCGUAAAAAAAGCAGCUUUAAGCUGCAUCCAAAGAAAGCGCCCACAUUGAAGCAAAAGCAUAGAAGAACCGACAAGAUUAUCAAGGCAGAUGCCCUAAAUUGGAAACCUGUUGAGCUUCCCGAUCAUAUGGACGAUUAUGGAGGGCUUUAUGGGAUCGAGGAGUUGGAAGGCGUGGAUGUAAAGAUGGUCAAUGGUAAGGCCGAAUUCAUAAGUAAAGAAAGUGGUGACGAGGCUGAAGACGACAUUGACGAGUUCCAAGGCUUUGAUGAUAUGCCUGAACCCCAGACAAAGAAACAGAGGACUGAUAAGAAGGAGAAUGAAAAAGACAAAAAAGGUGAAAAGACGUCUCAGCUGAAAGAAAAGACACAAAAAGAGAAGAAGACGGAGACAAAGGAUGAUAAGGCCGCCAACAAGCAGGACCAAAAGGACGAUAAAUCAAAUUCUGAGGAACUCAUGGCCAAUGCCUUUGCAGCCCUAGACAUUCCUCUCCCUGAUGACGAGAUUGAUUUGCCUCAUUGGGAAGACAUCUCCCUCAGUCCCUACCUUUUGAACGGCCUUCAGCUGCUUGGCUUCAAGACCCCUACUGCUAUUCAAAAGCUGGCUAUACCGUUAGCAUUGGAGGGUAAAGACGUCAUUGGAAAAGCCACUACAGGCUCAGGUAAGACCCUUGCGUACGGGCUUCCGAUCCUUGAAAAACACAUUCAAAAAUUAACAGAGCUCAAGGAGUCGAGAUCCAAAAAAAUUAUCCCCCCACCCUCUGGUAUCAUCUUCGCUCCCACAAGAGAGUUGGCUCACCAAGUUGUGGACCAUCUUGAUAAGAUCUCCAAGUUCGCGCCACUUCUACAGAAUGGAAUUGUGUCGAUCACUGGAGGUCUUUCUAUUCAGAAGCAAGAACGUUUGUUGGAGUAUGGACCUAGCAUCAUUGUGGCCACUCCCGGUCGUCUUUUAGAGCUAAUAGAGAAGAAUGGCGACUUGGCAAAGAGAUUGGGAUCCACCGACACCAUUGUGCUCGAUGAGGCCGACAGACUUUUACAAGAUGGCCACUUUGAGGAGUUUGAGAAGAUCCUUGAGUUAUUUUACAAACAGAGAGACCACGCCCACGGCUACAAGUGGCAGACGCUAGUGUUCUCUGCUACGUUUUCUAAAGAUCUUUUCGGUAAGCUUGAUAAAAAGGGGAAGCAGAAGGAUAACAAGGCUGUUACCUCAGGCGGGCUAAUUGGCAACACUGAGAUUCUGGAGCUUUUGCAGAAGAAGCUUCGGUUCAGAGACCCUAAGCCUUCGCUCUGUGACGCUAAUCCCAAGGAGAUCGUCUCUGGGCAAGUCACCGAGGCGCUUGUUGAAUGUGGUGCUUCAGAAAGAGACUUAUAUUUGUACUACUUCUUGCUCAUGUACCCGGGCUCCACGCUAGUCUUUGCUAAUGCAGUAGACUCUGUCAAAAGACUUGUGCCUUUCCUAGAAAGUCUAAAGAUCCCGGCGUUCUCUAUUCACUCGUCAAUGAUUCAAAAACAGAGAUUGCGUGCUCUUGAAAGAUUUAAGGCUGCUACCGAGAACAGCAAAACAGCGGUACUCAUAGCUACCGAUGUUGCUGCGAGAGGUUUGGAUAUUCCCAAAAUCGACCAUGUAGCGCAUUAUCAUCUACCCAGAUCCGCAGAUGUGUACAUUCACCGUUCAGGACGUACUGCGAGAGCCGGACUGGAGGGUGUUUCGGUGAUGUUUUGCUCACCUCAGGAGGCAUCUGGACCUUUCAAGAAGUUAAGAAAACUUGUAGCUGCAAGCGCUGAAAAGCUGUCAAAGGUAUCAGGAAAAGGGGAUGUUAAGUUGCUAGACGUCGACUACGACCUUGUGGCUCAGCUUAAGGAGAGAGUGAGGGUUGCAUCAAAGUUGGCCGACUCAGCAAUUGCUUCUACAGCCACAAGAAAAGAAAAUUCAUGGGUCAAGCAGGCUGCAGAGGAUUUGGGCAUUGAGGAUGUUAAUGAGCUCGACAUGUUCGAAGACGAUGUUAUCAAGAAGCAGAAAAAGAGAAACGAGGGCAAAAAGCUAACAAAUGACGAAACAAAAGCGUGCAAAGCCGAGCUCAGAGAGCUUUUGGCUGUGCCCCUCAGGAAGAACCACAGAAGAUCGUAUCUAACCAGCGGACUCGAGAAUUUGGCUCAUCAAAUUGUUUCGGGCAAGACCUCAGAAACCGUGUUGGGCAGAGAGGCAGUGAAAGCGUUGGACGAGCUCAAGUCAAAGAAGGGCAAAAAGAGAAAGCAAAGAUAG